UCUGGUGAUCUGAAAUGGCAAAAAACACAUCACUGUAUUUUCGUAUCAUCGAGGGAAGAAAUUUACCAGCAAAGGACGUCUCCGGUACCAGUGACCCUUACUGUAUCGUCAAAGUGGACAAUGAGGUCGUGGCCAGAACUGCUACAAUAUGGAGGAACCUAAAUCCAUUCUGGGGUGAAGAAUAUACUCUCCAUCUACCCAUGGGCUUCCACAACCUCUCAUUUUUUGUAAUGGAUGAAGACACUAUUGGGUAUGAUGACGUCAUUGGGAAGAUCUCUCUUAAUAAGGAAUACAUAGCAGCUCACCUACGAGGAAUUGAUAACUGGAUAAAUCUGACUCGGAUUAACCCUGAUGAAGAGAUUCAAGGAGAGAUCCACCUGGGUUUAGAGAUCCUCCAAGACCAGCAUACAAAGGCACUGAGAUGUCAGCUUAUUGAAGCGAGAGACCUCGCACCAAGAGAUAUUUCUGGCACAUCCGAUCCAUUUGCAAGACUGGUAUUUAACAACAAGACUACAGAAACAGCUACUAUAAAGAAGACUCGUUUUCCUCACUGGAAUGAAGUAUUUGAGUUUGAACUGGAGGAUGGCUUACCAACAGAAGGAAUGAUGUUCACUGUGGAAGUCUGGGACUGGGACAUGGUGGGAAAGAAUGAUUUUCUAGGCAAGGUUGACUUCAAUCUAGAUGCCCUUUUGAAGACUCAAGUGACCAAGGGCUGGUUUAGAUUGUUGCCUUUUGAAAAAAAUGAAGACGAUGAAGGUGGUAAAUUAGGAGCAUUGCGAUUAAAAGUCAGGUUGGCAGAGGAUCGGAUAUUACCAUCAAUGUACUAUCAGCCACUGAUCGACCUCUUGGUGGAACCUGUGAUCUCUCCUGCCAAAAGUGUUGAAGCUGCAGGACCCACGAGAAGGACCUCCCUGCCUGAAGCUUCACGAGCUUAUGAUGUGGACCAUGCAUCUACAGAAUGUCUAAACUGGGCUGAGGAGAUGAACCCUCUCACUAUGCUGGAAGAGGUUACCACAGUCGAGAGCAGGCAGGAUGUGGCUGUAACGCUAGUAAAGAUCUUCCUGGGUCAGGGCCUGGUGGUGCCAUUUCUUGACUACCUCAAUAUGAGAGAAGUGAACAAAACAACUGAUCCGAACACUCUUUUCAGAUCCAAUUCUUUGGCUUCAAAGGCUAUGGAACAGUUUAUGAAGCUGGUUGGAAUGCCAUAUUUACAUGAGGUGCUGAGGCAAGUUAUUAACCGCAUUUUUGAUGAAAAGAAAUACAUUGAACUGGACCCUUGUAAAAUUGACCUUAACAAAACAAGGAGGAUUUCAUUCAAAGGCAGUCUUUCAGAAGCUGGAGUACGGGAGUGUAGCCAGGAGCUUCUAAAAUCUUACCUGACUGAUGUGAUGGAUGCCAUUGUGGGCUCAGUGGAGCAGUGUCCUUCAGUUAUGAGAGUAGCCUUCAAACAGCUACAUAAAAGAGUGGAAGACCAAUUUCCAGAAGCAGACAAUGAGGAUGUCAAGUAUUUGGCUAUUAGUGGGUUCCUCUUUCUGAGGUUUUUUGCCCCGGCCAUUUUAACACCCAAACUCUUCAGCCUGAGAGACCAUCAUGCCGACACAAGGACAGGAAGAACCCUACUGCUUUUGGCAAAGGCCGUUCAAAGUAUUGGUAACCUAGGCCUUCAGUUGGGACAUGGAAAAGAACAGUGGAUGACACCCCUUCAUCCAUUCAUUUUACAGAGUGUCAGCUGUGUGAAGGAUUUCCUGGAUAAGUUAAUAGACAUUGACAAUGAAGUGACUGAGCUUCAACAACGAGUAGUGUUCCACCCGUCAGUUACCAUAAAAGAAGGGUAUUUACAUAAACGGAAAGCAGAGGGAGUCAACCUUGUCACUCGCUUCACCUUCAAGAAACGCUACUUCUGGCUAAGCAGUGAAACCCUGUCUUAUGCCAAGUCUCCAGAUUGGCAGGUACGGUCAUCUAUUCCAGUCCAGCGUAUCUGUGCGGUUGAGCGAGUGGAUGAAAAUGCCUUCCAGCAACUCCAUAUGAUGCAGAUCAUCACACAGGACAACGAGGGCCAGUUACACAUUAUGUACAUCCAGUGCAAGAACGUGAAUGAACUGAAUCAGUGGCUUUCGGCGAUCAGGAAAGCCAGUAUCUGUAAUGAACGCAUGCUUCCGUCCUUUCAUCCAGGUUCCUACAGGAGCAACCGGUGGACUUGUUGCCUGCACACUGACAGGACUGUUCGGGGAUGCAGCCGCACACAUUCUGCUGUAACUCUCGGUGACUGGAGUGAUCCCCUUGACCCAGAUGUUGAGACACAGACUGUUUAUAAGCAGCUCUUACAAGGCAGAGAAAAGCUGAAAAAGAAGUACCUUGAAUCUUUAGAUGCAGAAACUGUGAUGGACCAGGAAGGAAGAAUGCAUGGCGUUGAGAUUGAGGAAGCAGGAGCUGACAAGAGGCGCUCCUUUCAUGAUCGAAGGAUGUCAGCAGCUGCCAGGCUGCUGGAUGUCGUGCAAGAGCUUGAACGUGCUCAUCAGGCAUUUGAACAGAGAGAGAAAGUGGUGCAAGCCAAUGAGAUGGUGGCUCCCUGAGUCGUACUGAGACAAGACAGCUGAAAAAAAAUCACAGUUUGUGCAGUGUGCCACAUACCAGUCCAGAUGUACAGUGGAUUUAACACAAGUGAAUAAAACAACACAACUGUCAACCAACUGAAAUGCAAACCUGCUGAUGGGACUGAUACUGAGAGCUGGGGAAUGGGUCAGCCAUUCCUUUACAAGCUGCAUUGUUACUACAGAUAAAACAUUAAAGAGAAAGGGAUUGUUAUCAAAUCCGAGCAACAGUGGGGGAAAGCUGCUUACUUGUUGCUGUUUAAGACUGAGGAUGGGAUUUCAUCCACUGCUAAUGUAAGGCAGCUGAGCGCAGGCACCCAUUUAUGCAAAGGCCGUGGCUACAUUCUGAACAUUUUCCUGUCUGUUCUUUGGAGAUGUUUCAGUUCCAUGCAUUGUCUCCAGGUUUGUAAUUGUACCACAGGAAACCAAAAACAAUAAAUGUCUGAAACCAUACAUCCCAACCAGAUGUUGAGAACCCAGCAUCUGUGGGGCAGCUCUGCGCCAUAGACAUGCAUGUCAACUUGUCAAAGUACCACUGGAUUGCUCAAAGCUGGUUCAGAAAUCACAGCUAAUUGUGGCAGUAUUUUUGUUUUGUAAAUCUCUUUUUGUGUGGCAGGAGGAUGUCUUGCUGGAUUAAGUGCAGUUAAGGGACUUAGGACAUUGACAAAUACGAUGAAGUGAAUUGCUAUAUUAUAUUGUAAGGGGCACUUAUGUUUUCAAUUGAUCUUUCAACGUAUCUACUUUCCUGACAGUCUGUUAAAUUAAUCAAAUUGUUGUACUGCUUCACGAUGAAAAUCCAAUUGGUAAUAGUACACUCUCUGCAACAUGUCGUUCAGAGGCCAGGGAUUUUUGGAGCUGAUUACUAUUUCAUCAGAUAUGCUGGGCUGGCCAGUUUCAAACGUGCUCGAGGUGUGUUCUUCGUUAAAGAGGUUAGGUCUGUAUCUUUAAUGUACAUUUCAAUAGCUUCUGCAGUUUCUCAGUGAACUUACACAUUCCGCUAAGAUGUUAGGAAAGGUGGUACACGUGAAAUGUACUGGAACCUUUUAAGUUUUGUGUUAGGGAGCUUUGAGAUUUGUAGCUCAGGUUGAGCUUCAAAAUGCAAAGGAGAUACGCAUGACCUAAUCUGUGAGAUAUGAACAUUUGGUGACAUGAUCUUCAAAGCAAGCCAUGAAGCACAAAAUUUGGAUGUAGGUUUGCUCGCUAAGCUGAGAAUGCCAUGCUUCUAGGAAUUCUCGUGCAUGUCUCUGUUUGGCUUGUCCUAGGGUGGAUGUGUUGUCCCAGUAUUUAUUACACCUAACCAUUGAAAUGCCAUUAAAAUUUCUAAAACAAAAUUUAUUCGUUAAAGUUGCUAAGACCAAGUAGUAGUUUUGUACAUUAAUAUUCAGUACUUCCAAAGAGCAAAAUGUUUUUUGCUUCAGCCUUUGCAGGAACACAGGGCAUUUCAGUCAGAUUUUGAAAUUUAUUGUUUGCCGUGUCAUGGAGGUUUGCACCUUAGCUAAAUCCUUUCUUUAUGGCAUUUCUUUCUGGUAUAUUUUUUGAUCCACUAGGAUUAAGUAACAUUAGGUGAUGUCUUACACAGGAUAGGAGAUGUAAUCAGUUGUAUCCUGCAUCAGUGUCGCAGAUUUACAAUAGCGUAGAAGGAGGCCUUUUGGUCCAUCAUGUCCGCACUAGCUCUUUGAAUGACCAUUUCAACCAAUGCCAUUUCCCUGCAUCCCUGCAUUUUGAUAACAGCACCCCUCCCAACACUUCCUUUUCAAUUGACAGUCUAACUCCUGUUGACUGCAUUAGUUGAACUUGCCAUUGUCACACUCUCAGGCAAUGCAUUCCAGGCUUUAAUCACUCACUGAGUCAAAAUGUCUAUCUUCUCAUCUCUUUUACAUAUUUUGUCAAUUACUUAAAAUCUGUGCCUUCUUGCUCUCAAUCAUUUCACCCAUCUAUCUGUCCAGAGCCCUCAUGAUUUUGAGUACCUCAUUCAGACCGCCUCCACCGGUUUCAUGGAUAAAUGAUUUGGAUUGUUCAAGUUGGAAAACAACAGUAAGAAUUAUUGGAAAACCCCUACCCUUAAAUUGCCCAUAUCCCCUCACCCUCACUAACUCUCUGCACAGCCAGGACCGUAUCAUCUAUUUUUGUUUGGUCAUGUUUAGCAAGACUCAUGGCAAAAUGCCACUCUGAUUGUAUCUUAUUGCGGGCUUGUUGGCAGUGUGAAUCAAAUGUUCCUGGGUGUUUGAUUUACUUUGAAUUGUCUGCAUUUGCAGCUUCAAAUUAAUGUAAAUUUCUAUGUUGUACCCUCUGUCGUGCUGUAAGUCCAGCACUGCUGCCAACAGGAGGAAGACAUUUAAAGAAAGCUGUUAAUUCAGAACACCACUAAAAGAGUGUUUGCACCAUUCUGGGCUCAAAACCAUUCAAUGGCAACACUAGAUUAUUAGACUGCAAAAGAGUAACAUCAUGAAAUAGAAACUUAUAAAUUAUGUAACGUCAGUGGAAUUGUACAUUGAACACCUUCCAGGGCAAAAUGAAUAAAUCUCUGGGAAAGUAUGUUUUUCUUUGACAAAGGUAGAAAUUGAGGAAAUUUGUCACUCUUUCAGGACAAAAUGAGAUUUAAUUUUUCACUUAUUGAACUCCAGCCUCCACUCCUAUUUUUAAAACAUUUUUCUUUUCCGUAACCUUUCCUGUUACCUUCUAUCAAGGAUUUCCACCCCCUCCCCUGCCAUGCCUCCAUACAAUGUAUGCCAGUGCGAAGGUAAAGAUCAUCUUGACAUAGUCUUACCAGACUGUAGGGCUGUUCCCUCACCGAGAGAGACAACUGGUAGUGGUUUAACCGGAGGGUCACCAUCUCAGGCAGGGGGAGAGUUGUGAAUGAAGAUAAGUUGCUCCUAACACAGGUUGCUCACAAGCUGCCCUCUCUAGGAUAUUGUGUGAUUAUGCAACAAGCAUUAACGGUACUGUGCAUAUCAGAAUAAACACGCCACACACCUCAAAAUAUCAGGGGAUUAUUGCCUAUUCCAUUCUGGAAGAUUUUGUCUAAUAAUCUCUUUUCAGCAUGUUUUGUUCAUGUGGUCCAGGAUAUUGGAAUCUGAAGCACAGGCAGACCCGUAAACAUUGCUUUGUUUACCAUGUCCCAGCCAACAAACCACACAUACAUUAACUUGCACCAAAAGGCCAUAGUCUUUUUACAGACAGAAAAUGUGUGGAGCUGAUACAGGCAAGAGGCUUUGCUGUUUUGGAAUAUAGUUUUCAGUGAGUCUUGCCUUUCUUCAGUAGUUCCCUUGAAUUCAGAGCUGCAAAGCCUUCGAGUUGCUUCCUGAUGGCCAUCAUUCACCAGUAGAUGUUCUGUAUCGUAAUGUAGCAAUGCUUACAUGACUCGCAGACUUAAAAACCUUCUGUAAAUGUAGUGCCAUUGUUGGAGGGUGGUGGGGAAUGUGUAGCAGUGCACAGCUGGGGGACUAUACUGUGUUUGAUAUAGAAAGAAGCUCCAAAGUUCAACACUGCCAUUUUACUACAAUCAGCUUUGCACCAAAGCCUUUAUUGUAUUGAUUCCGAUGUUGUUUUGGCUUCUAGUUGUAUAAUGCAGUCAAAUGCUGAGAUGAAGUGAUUUAAAUUCCAAGAUUUCACAAUCGUGAGUGUGUCCAGUUUUAUAUUCAAUGUGCAGUGCACAGUAUGGUAUUGCAACAAACAUUGGUGCAUGAUGUCUAAGGUACCUCUAAUUGCAGAGUAAUUGUGAUUUACGUAUUUUAUCACAUCUGACAAUGAUACUGUGACUGUGUAGGUGAGAAUUAUGUUUAUAUGUAUAUACAUGUUAUCUGAGGUGGUGGAGUGGCCCAUGUAUCAGCGCUGCCUUAAACUUGCCAUUGUAAGUAUAUCUGAACAACAUUUUUAAGUGAUUUUAUUUUUUAAAAUGCAACUGUUGUAUAGUGGGCAUUGAUAUUUGCUGCCUGUGAAUGUAUAAUGAUUUGUUCUAAUUCUAUAAAGUGGUCUUUUGUUGCUGAACGUGAGUCAGUGCCAAUAAGUGAUCCAGAUAGAAUGAUACAUAGCCAAGUGAUAUUUGCCAGAUUUGUAUUUAUUUCCCAGUUUUCUAAAAGCAUCUACUGUGCUUUUUGCUGAGAAUUUUCAAAUUAAAUGUGUGAUGGAUAGGUAUUUGCCUUUAAUGUGAUGACCUUUGUCAGAAAUUAGGCUGUGGAACUUUAUGUAUUUUGCACAGCAUUAAA